AUAAUUUUAUAUAAGCUCCCUAUUAUUCAUAUUUUAAAACAGAGAAUGACUCUUAAAAGUCAAUUUUAUGUUGAUUAUGUAUUUAAACGGUCUUUGGGUAUAUGUCAAAAGAGCCAAGAUCUAGAGGUUCCAAUUUUAAAAAUAGAUAUAAAUACAGUAGACACACCAGAUAAAGCACUUAGAAGAGAUAUAUUACUUGGUACAAUCUCAUCAUGGCCAUUUUAUCUUGUUUCAGUUCCUAAAUAUACUCGGAAUACACCAUAUUUCUUACAUUUCUUUGAAAAUGAAGCAAUGUUUGAGAAUAUAAUAGAUAGAAAUGAAGAUAUAAAUGAAACUGAAGAAGAAGAAGUUAGAGAUGAAGGGGACAUUCAUUUAUGGUUGCUUUCUACCAAUGAAAAAGUUAAAUUAAUGAAAAAAAUCAUAUUUAAGCCUCUUUCUAUAAAUAAUAUACCAAUUAUUUCUUUAGAAACAAUAUGGGAUACAAUAAAAUAUACAUUGACACAGGUUUUACUAAGGAGACAUAUAUGUGUAACAGAUGAAAUGGAAUCUAUGUGUGGUGGAUGGAUUGAAGUAAGAAGAGUACAAUUAUAUUCACAGAACAAUAUCAUGGAUAUGAAAUCCAUGGCAGUUCCAGCAGGAGAAGGGAAUAUUUAUAACCAUGCAUGUUUUUCGUAUUUAAAAUAUGGAAUAAUACCAGUUUUAACGAAUACACGGGUUAUUUUUUUUCCAUAUUAUCAUAUGAAUGAUUAUGAUAACCAGACUUCAUAUGAUAAUAAAUUUUGGCCUCCAUCAUCAUCUUUCGAACUUGAAAUUUGGUCAAACACUUCUUCUAAAGAAUUAUUACCAAUUGUCUUUGAAUUAGAUCUUUAUAUUGAAAAAUUAUUAGCAGAUACAAAUCAAUGUUCUCCUGACGCACUUGUUCUAAAUCACUUUCAUGCUGAAUUUAUGACGCCUUAUAAAAGAAAAAUUAACAAUUCUUCAUUAUUGGAUUUUGAAGGUGUCACUGUUAUAGCAGGAGGUCUUGGGAAAACGAUAUUAAUUGUAGUACAACUUCGGAUUAUCCCAUGGAAAAGAACUGCUGUUCCUUUUAAUGUAAAAAUAUGGUCCUUGAAAGCUCAUGUACGAAUACCAAUUAAAGUUAUUCAAGCUGGUUUUUCCUUCAUGCUAGGAAAAAAACCUGAGGCUCAUAAUUGUCAUGAAUAUUGUAUUAAUGAUAAAUAUAAAUUAAUGGAAUCUUAUCAAAACGACGGUUUAGGUUAUUCAACAAGUUUAAAAGAACUCCAUUGUGAAGAAUUGGGAAUUUCUCUCUUAAAUACCGGUUGGUCUUAAAACAAUCAUAUGUUUAUGUUUUUUUCGUCACAUUAUUCAUCUCAUA